AUGAUAGAAAAUGAUAACAAUGUUAGCUUCCUAGAUGGCAGCAUUGAUGGAAAUGCAUCUACUACCACGACUGUGAUAGAUAACAAAAAUGGAUCUGUGCCCAAAUCUCCUGGGAAAGUGCUGAAGAGGACAGUCACAGAAGACAUAGUCACAACGUUCAGCUCCCCGGCUGCCUGGCUACUGGUCAUUGCUCUUAUCAUUACAUGGUCAGCUGUUGCUGUUGUUAUGUUUGACUUAGUAGACUACAAAAACUUUUCAGCCAGCUCUAUUUCCAAGAUUGGCUCAGAUCCUCUUAAAUUUGUACAUGGAGCUGUGGAGGAAACAACAGACUGGAUAUAUGGCUUCUUCUCUUUGUUGUCAGACAUCAUCUCAUCUGAGGGUGAUGAAGAUGAAGAUGAUGAUGGUGAUGAAGACACUGGCAAAGGAGAAACAGAGGAGCCUCCCUUGAGAAAAAAAGAUAUACACAAGGAAAAGACUGAAAAGCAAGAGAAACGGGAAAAGAAAAUACAGACUAAAGUUACUCACAGAGAAAAAGACAAGGACAAAGACAAAGACAAAGACAAAAUAAAAGAAAAACCUGAAAAGAAAGCAACUCACAAGGAUAAGAUUGAAAAGAAAGAAAAACUAGAAGCAAAGACAGUGAAAAAAGAAGAUAAGAAAGCAACUAAGGAAAAGACUGAAGAGAAGACUAAGAAGGAAGUGAAAGGUGGAAAACAAGUGAAAGCAAAGGAAACAGCUGCAAAAACAAAAGAAGAAAAGAAAACACCAAAACUCAAAGAGAAGGAAGAGAAAGAGACUGUGCCUGGGUCCAAGUUUGAACAGAAAGGACAAAGUCCAGCCAUACCACCUCCUUUACCAAAAGCUCAACCUCCGAGACCUUCUGACUCACCACUUACUCUUGAAGGUAUAUUUAAUUUUUUCAAAGAUUAA